AUGGUCUCACAUCCUCAAAGGCCCUCGCAUGCGCCCUCCAACUCGCGCUCCUCACAUCCCUCGUCCACCACGCCCGGGGGCCACUCCAAGAAGCCCUCGUCAUCCUCCUCGUCCAAUCACAAUGGCCAUGCUCGCGACCGCGACCGCGACCAGCGCCCAAGCAGAGAAGGCACUGCCCAAAAAGCCGCCCAAGAUGUCGCCGGCCUCAAGGACUACCAGCUGGGCGACUGCUUGGGCAAGGGCGCCUUUGGCAGUGUCUACCGCGCCCUCAAUUGGGGCACUGGCGAGACGGUCGCCAUCAAGCAAGUCCGCCUCGAAAACCUGGGCGCUGCAGAUCUCAAGAACAUGGAGAUGGAAAUUGACCUGCUCAAGAACCUUAACCACCCCAACAUUGUCAAGUACCACGGCUUCGUGAGGAGUUCAGAGAGCUUGUACAUUAUUCUAGAGUACUGCGAAAAUGGUUCGUUGCACAGCAUCUGCAAAAACUUUGGAAAAUUCCCCGAGAACCUCGUCGCGCUCUACAUGUCCCAGGUCCUGCACGGACUCCUCUACCUACACGAGCAGGGUGUCAUACACCGAGACAUCAAGGGCGCCAAUAUUCUAACAACAAAAGAGGGCUUGGUCAAACUGGCCGAUUUCGGUGUAGCAACAAAGCAGUCGGGUCUAGACCAGUCGAGCGUUGUGGGCACGCCCUACUGGAUGGCCCCAGAAGUCAUUGAACUCUCCGGCGCCACCACUUCGUCAGACAUAUGGAGCCUGGGAUGUACCGUCAUCGAGUUGAUAGAGGGAAAGCCGCCGUACCACAAACUACAGCCCAUGCAGGCCCUAUUCAGAAUCGUCAAUGACGAACACCCGCCGAUCCCUGGCAGCGCGUCUCCACUUCUGCGUGAAUUUCUCAUGGAGUGCUUCCAGAAGAACCCCACACUCCGCAUCUCUGCCAAACGUCUUCUCAAGCACCCGUGGAUCCUCAGCGCCAAGCGCACUGUCCCGGCGGUACCCACAAAACCUACCGAAUACCAAGAAGCUGUCAAGUCCGUGCAAGAGUGGAACGAAGCUCUAAAGUCGCCCAAUUCGCUGCGUAGGACUUCUCGCCUUUCUGGUGUACAUAGGUCCUCCCCUUCAGCAGCAAAUGGUCCUGGCGCAGUCUCUCGCAGGGCAGCGGUCAAUGUCAACCUCAACAUAUCAAAGCACAGGCCUACCGCAGAAUCGUUCCGCUCUCCCGAGUUAGAUCACGACGAUAACUGGGACAAGGAUUUUGCUGAAAGCAUAUCUCCCCGUGCCCUACAGAUGCCGCAUCUUAAGCCCCAAGAUAACUUUGGUGGUCUGUUCUCGGGCGACAGGCUGAAAGCCUUUGCUAGUUUCGAGUCGGUCACUGAAACGGCGGAUUUUGGAGACGGAGAGGCUACGGUCAAGAGCCCAAAGAGCAUGCAACAGUACCAAAGUCUUCCAAAAGUGCCAGGCCAGAGAGCAAGCGAAAGAUCAAACAGAACAAGCGCAAAAUCUAGCAGCACUGGCCGAUCUUCAAGGUCGGCAUCGAGUGCCACAGAUUCAGAGUUUGAGGACAGACACGAGGUACAGCCAAGAACGGCAUUCCUUCGGGCAACACCACGGUCUACACAGCCUUUAAGGCCAAGGACCGCAGCCCCAGCGCGGCCCAGCCAGCUCUUCCGUGAAGAUACUAUUGAGGAUUAUUCGGAUCUUAUGCCAGCUGACGAGAAUGCCUUUGCACGAAAAUUGGCGUCAAUGCAGUACGCUCAGCCGCCGGCUGUGCAGCCCAAGCAAGCAACCGCUGCCAACAACUUGCCGUCUGAUAAUUUUUCUCCCCGACUCUUCCACCCAAGCGACUUGAGGGCAGGUCCAAAGUCAACACGAGACUUGAAGUCAAGUGGAAACAUUCACCAACGAUCAUCGAGCUCAACGUCGAAUCGCAAGCUGCACCGGACACAAUCUGAAAUUGAAAUUCAAAAGUAUGCCGAAGACGAAGGAGAUGACUUCUCAGACGUUUUUGGCGACAUCAAAGGUCGUCUUGCUAACCCUACUCGAGCCGAAAGCGACAGCGGCAGUGAACACAGCAGUCUUGCCAUGAUUACAUCGAAGAUGGCAAGUUCGUUCACCAUUGCCGACGAAGAUGAUCUUGAUCCAUUUGCCAACCUGGAUGAAGGCCUCGACAACAUCAACCUGGAGAACAACGUUGCCCGCGACCGGGAUGAUCGACUGACGAAGAUGACAGAAGGCCUCGUCGGGUGCUUGAAGAUCAGCCAACCAGACGAUGAACUUCUGGAGAUUGCAGACCAACUGUUGCAAGUACUGCAUGAAUCACCAGACAAACGGUCAAUCAUCCUGCGAAGCCAUGGUAUGCUGCCCAUCUUGGAAAUCCUCGGGACCCGGCCACACAACGAAGUAGUUCUGCCCCUUCUGAAGAUCAUCAACCUCAUUAUCCUGGAAGAUGCCGAGUCGCAAGAGAGUUUGUCUUUCCUCGGAGGAAUCCCAACAAUCUGCCACUUUGCCUCCAAGAAGUUCCCAAGUGACAUUCGGAAAGAGGCUGCGGCUUUUGUGCGACAAAUGUACCAGACAAGCACUCUGACAUUGCAAAUGUUCAUUGGAUGUGGAGGUAUUAAUGUGCUUGUCGAAUUUCUGGAAGAGGACAUCGACGCUGAACGCGACCUGGUACUCAUUGGUGUCAAUGGUGUUUAUGGUGUGUUUGAACUGCAAGGGCCAACGCCAAAGAAUGACUUUUGCCGCAUAUUCUCAAGAUCGAGCGUGCUGUACCCACUCAGUUUAGUCUUGAAUCGUAUGGUUGAGGAAGAUGGCGAGGUUGCACGACUCAUUGUGGGCAGAAUUGUUCAGAUCUUCCUCAUCUUUUCACAGGCAGAGAGCCAUGUCAAGGAUCUUGUGGCGGAUCGGAUGAUUCUAAAGCGCGUCCUCAAAGACCUUCGCAAAAUGGCUCCACCACACCAAAUUACGAUGCUCAAGUUCAUCAAGAAUCUGAGCUCCCUCUCUUCUACCCACGAAGCCCUCCAAAACUCUAAUGCCAUCGACAUCCUUAUCGAUCUGCUAAAGGCUACUCGACAAAAGGACGCAUUGAGCCGCAGCCAGAGUCGAUCUACAUUCGACCCCAAGCGGCUACCGCCUUUCCACCGCGAAAUCUCGAAUCAGAUCCUCAACACAAUGUACAACUUGUGUCGGCACAAUAAGAGCAGACAAGAGGAGGCUGCCUUGUCCGACAUCAUUCCCUUACUCAAAGAUGUCGUGCGUGAAGGCGGACCACUCAAGGAGUUUGCUUUGCCUGUGCUCCUGGAAAUGGUCAACUCUGGCAAGGUAGCACGUAAGAUGCUGUGGGAUGCAAAGGGUCUUGCAUUUUACGUAUCACUGUUGGGUGACCGUAAUUGGGCUGUGACUGCCCUGGAUGCCAUCUUCGUUUGGUACUUAUGCAGGCUUCAGGAAGAGACAGCUCGCGUCGAGCAAUACCUCCUUUCUCCUCAAUCGAACUUUACGGCUGCUGUCAUCUCUGCAUAUACCUCCGCCGAUCUGCCGCACUCGACGUUUGAGAACAUGCUUGAACCUUUACAGAAGGUAGUCCGUUUAUCGCCACCCAUCGCUGCUUCGCUUGCCGUGCCAGAGAUCUUCAGUCGGACUGAACAGAAGCUUGGUCAUAAGGAUGCUGUAACGCGUCUUAACUUUCUUCGUAUUCUGCGCACAAUUUGCGAUGCAAAGGAUGAAGGAUGUUGGCUCGUGCGUGCUUUUGGCUGCUAUGAGCGAAUCACCUGGCUCAUGGAACACGAUGCUGCCGUGCUAGUGAGGCAAAUGGCUGAAGAGCUUGUCCGAGCUUGCGAUGAGGUAGAGCUCUCGGGCAUCAACAAAGGCUCCAAUGGCAAGCGGAGUCUCAGUCGCGCGUCUACCAAUAACUUGAAUUUACGGCGUCCUACUUCUUCAGCUGGUCGACGCGACGGCUCCGGCUCAAGUACAGGUUCUACUAUGAUUGGUAGCGGUAUGGGCCUGACACCACCUACGCCGAAUUCUCUCAAGAACACAUUCAUGCUGCCACCUAUGAAUGGCACACCUACAUCAUUGGGCAGUGGGCGCGAUCGCAUCACACGCUCUCAAUCCUCGAAUGGAAUGUGGGAUCUCGCCGAAGACCCCACCACCGUCCUUCCUCCAUCUUCUGGUCGUUCUAAACCACCAGCUCUAGCACGAAGCUCCACUUCCUUUGCUGCUAUUCCGGGUACACCUGCUGCAGCCCGCACACCAUCUCGUCCACCGUCUCGUGACGCGGCGUCUUCGCUCGCUCGUAUAGAAGCCAACAAUUCCAACAGUAAAUCCAACUCUCGCCUCCCUAAAGCCCGCCAAGGACGUCUCAGUGAAGCAGUGAAUAGGAGACGACAAAGCACCGUUGGUGAAAAUGACGCUCCCAUGAACGGAACGCCAACCCCGACACCAACAAACGCUGCACCGCCUCUUCCGCGCCUUCAAAUAGUAAGGCGUAGGAGAGAGACUAGUGGUGGGGAAUUGAGUACCCCGGUGCGCAAAGCGACUGCGGAUUAG